GGUAGGAAGUAGUAGUACUCGCACAAAGAAAAGCAACGCAAGAACACCAACGUCUCUCUCUCUCUCUCUCAUUACUGUUCAUCUUCUGCGGUUCUGCCUUCUCCAUAGCCAGCCAACGGUUACAUUCUUCAGUUCUUGCACACCUGUCUAAGUUCCAGAGUCUCCCUGUUAGGCUCUCUCUUCCUUAACACAAAGAAAAAGCCUCCGCCGCCCCCAGCCCCUGUAUUUCUUCCUGUUUAGGCUUCUGGGUUUUUCCACUUUUUUCCUCCCUCUUCCUUUUUUUCUGUUUUGGAGAUGGAACCCGCGAAGAUAGACUGGAAGCAAAUCGAGUGGAUUUACGAGGAAGACAAGCUGUACGAGACCAUCAACGCUCCAAAAUGGGUUGAUUUCUUGGCUACUCCCCAAGAUGAGUCCGAUUACGUCGGUGAUGUCGCCUGGUUCUGCAGACCCGAUUGUAAUCAUCCCAAGUCAGCUGAAGAUUUCUUGAAAUUCACUCCUGCCUCGUCAAAGCAUUCGAGGUCUGGCGUCAAAACCCACAGCCCACUUGGUGACUUGAAUCAGAAAAGGAAUGGUAAACUGAAGAGGAGAGGGCAAAAUCAGUCUUCCAUUACAUCCUACGAGGAUGAGAUGGGUGUGAGCCAAGAUAGUGAAAACCAGAACCCUAAUAAUAGUAAUCUUUCAACUCCUCCGAAUUUCCAAAUCAAGUCCAUGAAAGCACUGUUCAAAUCGAGCUCUGAAAGGAGGAAGCCUACGAAUGACUAUGAUGAUGCUGCAUCAGAAGCCAAUUUGCAGCAGCACCCUAAACUGAAACCCACACUCUCAGCAAAGAAUCUGUUUGCUGGCAAGGAUAUACUAAGCCAUAUUUCUGAAUUCUACAAUGAGUUGAAGAAGAUGACGAUGAGAAGCAGGGGAAGAGAGGACAAUGAUGAGAGCUCGAAAGCUAACGAAAGCCCGGCGGUGCAGGAUACAAGUGUGGUUGUGAAGGAGGAGGAUCACAGAGAGAUUUUUGGGGUUUUAGAUUUGAAGGAGAAGGAGAAGACGCCACCACCUGACGUGGGAAAAGACAAGUUGGGAGGAACUGGAAAGGGAAGCGGCAAGAAGUUGAGGAGGAAAAUAAGAGUCGGUGAUGAUGCAGAGAACAUCAUCCCAGUGUCGCUCAACUUGGAAAUUGUGAAGAAACCGUUGCAGCAAAAAGAAGGGGAGCAGCAGCGGCUGCUUCAAAUCCGGACGAAUCCUCCUUCUCCACAAUGCUUCUCUGCUGGCACCAAAACCACACCAUCAAGAGCUUCAAAGUCCAGACUCAUGGAGAAGUCGGUUCUUCAGGAAGUGAAGCAGCAGCAGAAUGAUACUGUCGUCAAACAGGCAAACCGAGACAAGGCUGAAAGAAGCUUCGCCAUUGUGGAUGGUAAAGAAUCAAAAACAGCUUUAGAUAUGUUCUGGUUCCUGAAGCCCUGCACUCUCUCCAGCUGAUGCGGCAAAGUCAGUGAUUCAAUAAUCCAUUGUUUUGUUCAUUAAGGCCAUUUACCUUACAGAUAGAUAAUUCCUUUACUUGUCUGGUAACCAAGGCAUCUAAUUGUUUCAUUUGUUGUAAUUAAUUAAAGAGCACCUUCAUUCAUUCUAGAGUUGCAAGUACCUAAAUGCAGUUUCAGCGACCAAUGUAAUGGAAGGAGAUGUGGAAAAUAGCAUUCAUAUAUAUUGGUGUCAGUCAAGCAUGCGACUCGUUGAGGAAGAAAACGCAGCUAAACUUCUUCUGCCUCCAUUGAUGAAAUUGACUUCUAGCUACCAGAACCGUCUAUCUGUUGAUGGAAAAAACUUGCGGGUUGAUGGGAGGUGAAUGGGAAGGGGGAAUGAAUCAAUCCAACGCCA